AUGGCACAUAGUGCUGGUGCCCCAUACGCUCUCGCUUGUGCUAUCAAAAUUCCUCAUAAACUACAGGGUACCAUAUUUCUUGUAUGUCCAUGGGUUAGCACAACUGUGGCGAAUAAUUUCAAAUGGUUAAGAUUUGUUCCUACACCUGUAAUGAAAUUUACAAAUUCUGCUGGCAUAUCGCUGCAACAAAUUAUGCAUGGUCGUCAACCAUAUUCAACCAAACCUUCUUCACAUCGAACUUCUGGUGCGUUGACUGCCCAAAUGUCAAGUUUUGAGAAAAAGCAACAACUUGGUUUAGCAAUUCUCAAAGCUUCUUUUGCUGAAAAUUUAUCUGGUGCAAACAAUGAUUUAGUAAUGUGCUUUGAGCGGGGACGAGCUUUUGGGUUUUCUUAUACUGAUGUAGAUCAUCCUGUUCAUGUUUUCCAUGGAACAAAAGAUGAUCGAAUUCCAGUUGCCGCAGUAAAGUGGAUGGAAGAUAAUAUGCCAGAUUGUAGGUUAACUCUUGUCGAAGGUGGAAAGCAUUCUUUAUUUUUACGUGCUGAGGUUGUGGACACAAUAUUCAAGUCCAUAGCAGCACAGCUUCAUGUAAAGGAUAAAUGUAGAUUAUGUAUGAUACCAACUAAAUGUUGGUUAAUGGAAGAAGUCGAAAACGAACGAAAGGAAAGGGAAUUACAAAUUCAAAGAAAAGUUGAGGCUUCCUUUGCAAAGUUAUCUAGAUCUCCAAGUAUAAAAACUGGAAAUCAAGAUUAUUCUACGGAUAACCAAAGAUCAUCUGCGGACAGAGUACCGCAAACUAAUGACAAAUUACUUACUAUAUAUACUUAUUUUUAA